UUUCUUCGCUUAUCGGAACCAAAAAGAGGUUAGAUCCACAUCCAACAAACAAAUCAGAGGGUAAAGUAGCUCUGAAAAAUCAGAAAAAUCGCGAUCGAAGCGGAGAAAUGCAUGUAUAAAUAAAUGUUAGCCAAGGGUCUCGGAGCAGAGCUACUACGGAGAAGUAUGGCGAGCAAAAGCGGAAAGAAGAAAGGCAAAGGAAGCGCAAACACGACGACUCAGCAAGUUUUUCAUUUGCAGGGACCAAUCGGCACUGACAAGAGUGGCAAUGUCACCAUCAAAGUUCAGGCUAAGCCAGGAGCAAAACAAAACAAUAUAACAGACUUCUCGGACGAAGCGGUGGGUGUGGCGAUAUCUGCACCGCCGCAGGAAGGCGAGGCCAACGCCGAACUUGUCAAAUAUUUAGCGUCCGUGCUAAGCGUGAGAAAGUCGGACGUGAGCUUAGACCGAGGCUCGAGAAGUCGGCACAAAGUGGUACUGGUGUCCGGAAGCAGCGUGGAAAAAGUCACGGAAAAACUGAAGGCUGCCGCAGCUGAAGAAUGAUGUGAAUAACGUGUGGAAGUUACGAGGGAA